AGAGCAGCUGAUUUUGACAAUUGACGUAACCUGAUUCGACUUGAAGGAACAUUAGAUGAAUAGGCAAUUUUUUAUUCAAUUUUGUUAUGAGGGUUGCUAGAAAUUAGGUCAUGAAGCAAAUUUCCUUCUUCCGUGUUCCAGUAUAUCCUCUACAAACUUGAAGCUCUACAACCAAACUACCUAUUCACCAUCUAAUGAAGAGAGAAAAGUAAAUAUAAUUAGAAAAUGGCAAGCAAUAUUCCAGACUUCAGUCAUUGUUGUGAAAUUUGUGGAUUAGAAGGUCUUUCAGAAGAUGAAUUUAGAAUUCAUACCCAUACAGCACACGUUGACGCAAAUGGUGUUUGCCCAUUUUGCGAAUUAUCAUUACCCAGUGUUGCAGAACUUAUUUUACAUGUUAACCAAGCACAUUUAGAUUUUUUGACACCAGAAUCCGAGCAAAAUAUAAGUUUUAUAGAUGAUCCUAGUCCUACUGAAUAUGGUGGAGGAAUUAAUGGGGAAGACCACUGGAGCCUCGCUUCAUACUCUAGUCACAGUAAUAGUACAAACAAUGUAGGAUCCUUAAAAAGUAACAUUAAUAUAAAUUCGAAUCCUAAGGUGAAUGGUGGAGGAGAAGUUAGUCCAAAUAAAGCCAGCCAUGGACAUGGAUCUCCAUUACGUACCAAUUUAGAUCUUAAACUGAAAAAUUCUCCGUGCACUCUUCAGUGUCCAAUGUGCAAUUAUACGAGUACAAAUGCAUACAAAUUAGAAGAGCAUGUAAACAGGAGUCAUUUUGAUCUGAGCUCUCCUUCUGUUGAUACCAACAUGACAUCGACCACAACAGAACAAUAUGUAUGUCCACUAUGCUCUAAAAAUUUUGAAACACCUCCAGAUUUGGAAUUACAUGUCAAUAUUGAACAUCGUGAUAUACUUUCGCCUGCCAGUCCAACGACUCAGUCCUGUCCAGUUUGUGGCAUUGCUCUUGAUGGUGAUAUAAACAGUGAAAGAGCCGUUAGACACGUUGAAUCCCAUUUUCCUGCUGGAUCUCCCCAACCAGCAGAACGAGCGGCUCUUAGAGAGAGAGAGCAGCGGGAAUUCGAAAUGCUACAAGCUCAAUAUGGAAUGGAUAAUCAAGGGAAUUUUAAAGAACAGACAAUAACCAACAUGCAAAGAGCUGUUUAUGCUGGAGAAAUGAGCGUUUCGGAUUAUUAUGAAAGAACUUUAGAUUUGAGAGCAGCAGAAAGUUGUGGGAUUGAUGAUGGAAGCUCGGUAACGAGAAGUAUUGUACCUAGAGUAAGAGCAAUAAGCAAUAACGCUACCAACGUGAUAAGAACUCUCCUAUGCACUUGUGUAGAUCACUACGCAUCAUCGUAUGGUGAUAAAGGAUGGGGUUGUGGUUAUAGAAACACUCAGAUGCUCAUAUCUAGUCUGCUUACACACACAGGGUAUAAUGAAAAAUUGUACAAACUUUGGCAAGAUCAAAAACCACCGAGGAGUUCUGUUCCUAGUAUAUCCAGAAUUCAAGCACUCAUUGAACAGGCUUGGGCACAGGGCUUCGAUAUUCAGGGAUCAGAACAGUUGGGAUGCCGCUUAGUGAAUACAAGAAAAUGGAUAGGUGCAACUGAAGUAGUAACGCUUCUCUCGUUUUUUCGGAUAAAAUGUCAACUGGUAGAUUUCUAUAAACCAACGGGACCUGGCGGAUCCCAUCCCGAGCUUUUCCAUUGGGUUCUCAAAUAUUUCGAAAGCUCAAUUGGUGGAGAAUUUACACCACCUCUGUAUUUACAACAUCAAGGUCAUAGUCGUACAAUUAUGGGUAUAGAAGUACACAGAGAUGGUAGCUUAAUAUUACUAGUUCUCGAUCCAAGUCAUUCACCAUUACAAAUGGCAGAACUUGGGGACACUAAUAGUGCAUCGAAGGCUUUAAGGCUUUUAAGAAAAAAUGAAUCUGCGAUGAAAGCUAGACAAUAUCAAAUAGUGGCUGUUAUAGGAAUGAUUGAAAGUGACCAACAAUACCAGCAAAGUAAAAUACUGCGGGGAUAUAGAAUACCACAGGAUCGGUGAGAAUGGCAUAAUGUCACAAUUAGGAACCUUCAAUCAAAUUUAUAGUUUUAAAUUCUUAUGAGAUCUAGUCACAAAUUCCAUCACUUCUGUUUCUUCUUUAAAGUACACGUUUGGAUUGUUAUUUAUUAAGGAAGUUUGUAAAUAUAUAAAUUGAAGCAUAUAGAUAAAAUUUUAAAGACAUAUUGGAGUCUUAUAGUUUUGUUUUUGAUUUCCUUCAGAACUACUAACUAUAUUCAGUUAUGAAUUUCAAUUUUAGUGUCGUAGUGCUGCUAAAAUGUCUCCUUAAAUUAACAAAAUACUGCAAUGAAGCUCGACAAUUUCAAAGAGCUUUAUUCAAGCUGAUCAAAAUUUUCUAACAUUAUAACCGACUUCUCCCACUUGACUAAAAGAUUAUCAUAUCAUUGUCGGUUUAAAUUUCAACUUGUACUUGAAUUUUAAAUAAAUUCAUGGCACAAUUUUUAUUUCAUUUGGACAAUUCCACUAUUCAGUUUUUACUUAAGUGUGGCUUUACUGCUGGACAAACUACACAGAAAAUGUUAUUUAGAAAAAAAAAUGUAGAUUAUUAUGUAUACUUAGAGGUUUAAUUUUAGAUCUAAUUUCGCAUGAAACAUAAUUAUGAAAUUUUUAAAAAAACAAAAACAGGAGCUACUUGUAAAGAAUAUAGCUGUAGAUACAAUAACUAUUGCUUGAAUGUAUCAUCUAAUUCUUAGAAGUAUUUUCGACAGUUUCGGUUUAAUUUGUGAAGCUUUAUAAACAGCAAAGGGCCUAAACACAGACUUAUAGUUUUUAGUAGUCUGCUAACUUAAAAAUAAUUACUGUCACUUCAUUGGUUUCCUCUUUUCAAUAAUUAUCUGAAAUUUGACAACCUCUUUUGCGUGAACAAAUAUAACAAAAAUAUCUUCAAUUUGUAGUAACCACAAAUAAUAAUAACCCCAGAAAUGCAUAAUAAAUAGGACAUUUCUUAUAUCACAUAUAGGCAAGAAUGAUUGUAGCUAACAGUACCCGUACCGGGAUUGCACGGGAGUACUCUAAAGUCCAUUAAAAGAAGUAUUUUUAUCUUUUACCCUAAUCGGCUAGUGUGAAAUUUUAUUUAAAAUUAAGCGACCUUUCAAUAAAUUGUUAUCUAAAUAAUUAAAUACUAAAAAAAGAUUUAUAUGAAUAAAAAAUCGCCGACUAAAUUGAAACAAUUUUCGAUUAAUGGUGCCUCCACAGGCAACAAUGUUCUUAUUAUAAAGGAUUCUAAUAUUGCAAGUGCCUAAAGGUAUUUUAUUUUCUUACUAGUCAUGAAUCCCUCAGAAGGAAUAAAUUUAAGCUUCAACAGCAUUAUCAUAAGCAUUUUAAAAACAUUCUAAUUUUAUUAUUAAUUAGCUUUUUGUAUUAAUUUUGACUUGCUUGAUACAAAACUAAUAAUUUUAUUUUAGAAUUAGUUUUCUUUUUUGUGGUGGGGUCAAUGCCACGUGCUGUCAUGAUUUGUGACAAUAUAUGGUAGGUGAGGUCCAUUUAUAUUCCACAAUUUGGGAAAUUAGUUAACUACUUGGCCACCUCCUAUAUUUUCCCUACAGCCAAUUUUUAAGAAUUUUUCACUUUUUGUAUCUCUAAUUCUGCUAAUUCUUCAACAAACUUCAGACAAUCUAGUGUGUCGUAUUCCAGUAUUUGACGUCGUUUUUCCGUCAAGACAAGACACCUACAGAGCAUAGUUUAUAGUUAAUUGUUGUCGGCCCAGGUGCCAGUGGUUCAAUUCUGUAAAUGUCUUCGGGAUUGGAUGUUUUGUAAUUCUGAUUAUCAUUUGUGUUAUAUCUUCAAUUAUCUUUGGGCAAAUCCUUCUGGAUAUAGUGCAAACAUCAUAUCUUUAUGUUUACCUCUAAUUUUUGUAUCAAUUACAUCUUUUAACAAUUCCUCUGUCUCUUCUGCAUCCCGUCCUCUAAGCUGAAGCUUACUUUGGUUGCACAAAUCUAGGAGAGCAACAACUCAUUGCCAUUUUUUACUUUGUUAUUUUUGAUGAGAUCGUUUUUAACUCUGUCUGGCUUUCUUUGUAGACUGUUGUAUUUUUGUUCGAUUCUUUACUUUCCUUCAUCAGUCUGGAAGUCUUUUCUGUGCGGCAGCUAACAGCAGAUACAUUUCAACAAGUGACAAUUAAAACUUGGCAAAACUAUUGCAUUUGUAUAGAAAAAAUAAAGAAUGUGUUAAAAGAAAGCACUUAAUGGAUGAGAUGCAAGAAUUGAUAGUGUUGUAGAACAAACCUGUGGAAUGUAUCAGAACUAUUACAAUGAAAAGGAAUACGAUAAUCAUUAUAAAUAUAAAUGAUCGUAUUCGUAUUAAUAUUCUUUUAAUUUUUUUACGUAUUUAUUAUUUGUACCAAUUUUCAACCCAACUGAUGUGAAGUUCUACUAAUCUUUCAUUGUUUUCAGUUUUAAUUUUAAUAAUUUUGAACAUUCACGUGCAGAUAUCUUGAAUGUAAAAGACGGUAAGAAAAUCAAACACCUUUAACAAUAUAAUUCAAGAGAAAAUUCUCUAAUAAAUUUUGACCCGAUUUGUUGACAUUGCUUUGUUUGUGGUAGUUAUCCUGAACAUGUUCUGUCACCAGAUUCGUACGCAGUUUGAAAUUGUGCGUUCGCAGUGCUAAUAAAACAUGUUCUGGAUUUAAAAACCUGUGUUCGUAGAGUGUUCUAAUUCCAAACGUGUUCUAUAUACGUCCAAUGUAUCCUCGAACACGGGUACGGAUUUUUAAUCUGGCGCAUGUGCAUUCAUCAUUUUUGUGAUAUUUACCACGAAAUAACCUUUAACCUAUGUGAUUUUUUUCUACUUAAUUGUAUUUCAAAACGUGGUGGUUGACUUUAUACUUACGAAUAUCAAGAAUAAACCUUCGGCCAGUUAAUUAUAUACAUUUUUUUCUCUAUCUAGUUUUGAAUGAAAAUUACAAUUUUAGAUAUUCAUAAAUCGUUCGUAGAGUAAUGUAUGUUUAGAAUAUAUUCUGAACAAAACAUGCGUAUAUUCAGAAUACGUUCGGAAUGUGCCCAAAUUAUCUACCGCGAAGCUAUUAUUCUAAGUAUGUGGCAAGAUACAAAAACCAAAUUAGUGUUAAAGUUCAGUGCCUCCUUUGUCCUUUUAGAUAUCAAUUUGAAAAAUUGAGGGAUUAUAGCCAUCUUUAGUUUUCACAUUUUAAAAUUAUUUAUAAUCUUUUAAGGUGUUCCAGAAUGCUGUGCCAUAUCAAAAUUACAUUUUUUGUAAUGUAAGAGCAAUUCAAGAACGAAGUUUUGUUGCAUCCAAAGAAUUUGAAUAAUAGUAAACAUUGUGUAAAAUUAUUUAAUUCGUAAAUAUACUGAUAGGUUAUUUUCUAGGUUUUUUCAAAUUAAUCACCCUUGAUUUUAUGUGAGUAUUGAAAGGUACUCCAACAUACUCCUUUUUUAUCAAGCAUUCUCUAUACCUGAGAUAUUUUGAUUUUUUUGGACAAAACAAUGAUUAUGUCGCAGUUAAUACCUAUUUCAUUGUCAGUGACAGAUAAUUCAAUAAUGAAUUUGAGUUCAUUUAAAGUAAAAGUGUACUUAAUACCUCCGUUGUUAACUGAAAUCCAGAAAGCUGCCGUUAUUGCCAAAUUGGAAGGUGGCUGGACUGAAAGGGUUAAUAAUUAUGAAAAUUGUUUUAUAAAUAUUAAUCUGAUAUAUAUUCUACUUCUUAACCCGACGCGUGUGAAUAAUUUUAAAUGACUAAUGAUGGCACUGAACUUUAUCACACUAAUCAAUCUGGAUGACAUUGCCUUUCUACUUAAUAAAACACUCUGUAUAUUCAGUUAAUAAAAUUACAAGAUGUUAUGAUACAACUUAUCAACUUUUUUUUCACUCAGGUAAGGUACCGUAUUAGACAUUCCUUGAAUUUAGCAAACUGUUUAUAUGAGUAUUAAAUAUUAAAGGAGUAACUUCAUGUGAUAAAUAAUUCCUUUAUAUUUUGUCUAAUUCUCCAUUGCGAAAUUGUAAACCCUGAAUUGAAAAUUGAGUAUAGCAUAUAGACUAUUUAUGAAAAUGUAGAUUACUUGUUUGAAUUGAAAUUCGACAAAUUAAAUCUAAUACCAACAUUGUUAUAUCAUUUAGAUUUUUAAAACUUAAUCGAACGCUUACCUUUCAUCUUAAAUAAAUAAGUAAAGUUAAUUUUUAAGUAAAUAUUAGUAUAGAGAACGCAAAUCUUUUCAUUUCUUUUUUUUAAGAAUUUCAUAAAUUACUUUUUGUUAUAGGUAAUACAGUAAUUAAAACAACUUUUCAUUUCAAUGUCAUAAAGUCAUAUGUAGAUCAAAAUAGUAGCCCAAUUUCAGUCUAACAGUAAGCCUGUAUGUUAAACUAGGCAAUUGUAGGUUCAUUAUUAAAAACUACGCAAAAUACACUUUGGAAUUUAAUAUUUUUUAAAUAAAAAGUGUUCUUAUCCUCUUUUCUGUCUUCUUCUUAGCAGUAAAUUAACUGAUCAAAAACGUUUUCAAGAUUCAACAUUCUGAUAAUUAUUGCUAAUAAUAUCAUUUCUAUGAUAUGUUAUGACCUAUGGUAAUACACAACAUAUUCAAGAAAAAAGGAUGAACAGAUACUAUAAUCAAUUAAAAGCAAAACAGAAACCAAAUAUCAGAACAUAAAACAUUUCUCGUUACCAUAUGUACAAGGACUUUUCUAAUACAGUUUAACCGAAUAAGAAAAUAAACACCUCCAUCGAAAUGUUUAGAUUUCCAGCUUCAAAAUGCGUGGUUUCAAUAUUCCAUUCCAUAUGUUAAACGUGCGUCACAUGUACGUGAUAAUGCAACUGUACUAUGCGGAAUUUGCCCGAGAAAACUAUAGCUUAUAACUCAUAGAGAAAAACUUACCCUACAACGUAGUAUUUUGUAUUUUCUUCUAACUCUAACAGACUGAGAUAAUGGGAAAUUUUUAAAAUCAAAAUGAUUCUCGAAAUUUUUUUUUCUUUGAGAAAUCGAUAGACCUCUGAAUUUUUUCUUAUAUCAAUUAGCCUACUUUAAAGUAAUUGUAAAAAAUUUCAGCCUUUUUGCUUAUACUUGUACCUGUGGCCUCAGCAACUGGGCUAAAAAGACAAAUUUCAGAAACGAUUCUUCACUAUCCAAGUGAAAACGAUGUUCGUAUGGCUAUCAUUGACUUUGUUAUUUUACAUAGAUAUUUUAAUAUUAACGAAAUUAAUUUAUUAUCGUAUUAUAUUUAUAUUUUGUUAUUGUGUUAUUCCAUUCCACAGAAAUACGUGAGUCCUAAUAUAUAUAAACUUACAGCCAAAAAUUGUAAUCUCUAGCAAACUUCUUUAAACAACAAUAAAUUAUUAUAAUUCCCUAACCUUACUGCCGUAUUUUUAAUUACCUUAAUUGUUUUUUAAAUAUAUAAUAAAUGCUUGUU